AUGGCUCCGUUGCCUCGAUCAGGUUUUGUCUGUAGUUGCCUUGUUGUGAUUCUUUCACAUUACUUUAUAUGUCAAUUUUCAGUUAGGAAAAAGAACUCCUUUAAUGAAAAUAUUACAAACAUUAGCAUCUCUUUUCUCAAUGUUUUUUCCACAUUUCUUUCUCUAAAUAUUUUUAUAUCUUUCUUUUCUUUUUUCCUUUCUUUCUGUUCUUUUCUUUACAUUUUUCUUUCUUUUUCUUUCAUUCUUUUCUUCUUUCCUUUUCUUUCUUUGUUUCUUUUUAACUUAUUGCUUUCUUUUCUUUCUUUCUUUCUGUCUUUCUUUUCUUUCUUUCUGUCUUUCUUCCUUUUCUUUCUUUUCUUUACAUAUUUUCUUUUUUUUCUUUCAUUAUUUUCUUCUUUCCUUUUCUUUAUACUUCUUUCUUUUAUUUUCUUUUAUCAUCUUUUUCUUUCUUUCUUUCUUUCUUUUCUUUUCAUCUUUUCUUUCUUUUUCUUUCAUUCUUUUCUUAUUUCAUUUUCUUUUUUCUUUCUUUUUAACUUCUUAAUUUCUUUUCCUUUCUUUUUUUGUCUUUCUUUUCUUUUCUUUUCUUUAUUUCUUUUCUUUUCUUUUAUCAUCUUUUCUUUCUUUCUUUCUUUCUUUCUUUUACAUCUUUUCUUUCUUUGUCUUUCGUUAUAUUCUUCUUUCCUUUUCUUUUUAACUUCUUGGUUUCUUUUCCUUGCUUUCUUUCUGUCUUUCUUUCUUUUCUUUUCAUCUUUUCUUUCUUUUUCUUUCAUUAUUUUCUUCUUUUCUUUCCUUUUCUUUUUAACUCCUUUCUUUCUUUCUUUCUUUCUUUCUUUCUUUCUUUCUUUCUUUCUUAACCCAUCUCUAUAUUUAUGGCUUUUUUUUUCACUCUUUAUAUCUUUCUUUCUCUCCUUACUUGUGAACACUAUGUCUUUUUCUUUCUCUCUCAUGAUUCCUUUCAAUCCAUCAUAA